GUAUGUUGUCUACUGCUGCGGACUGCAUAUACAAUUCCAGCUUGCGCGCAGGACGAUGAGGAUUGUCGGGAGAGUCGCAUGCAUCCUGAUUUAGUCAGUGAUCGCGGCAGACUCACAUCUCAAAGUAAGAUUGCAGGCGAAGAAACCACAGAGUAUUGGUUGGACCAAGGCAAGCAGUUCGUGAAGGAAAAGCUACACACGCCAGCCAACCAAAAUAUUGCGAAAAAUGUUAUAAUGUUUCUGGGCGAUGGCAUGGGCAUCACCACACACUCUGCAGCGCGCACUCUACUAGGCGGUGAAGAAAAGUCGCUCUACUUUGAAACAUUCCCACAUACUGGGCUGUCACGUACCUUUAAUGUGGAUAAAAUUGUGCCUGACUCUGCAUCCACGGCCACCGCAUAUCUGUGCGGCGUCAAAGCCAUCGGUGGCACCAUCGGCGUUAGUGGUCAUGUGGACCGUACCGAUUGUGUCGGGUCGAUAAACGCCACAUACCAUGUGAACUCGAUUGCUAAGUGGGCGGUGGAUGCUGGCAAAUCGGCAGGUGUGGUGACCACCACCAGAAUAACACACGCCUCACCGGCUGGCGUCUAUGCGCAUGUUGCCGAGCGCGAUUGGGAGAAUGACGGUGAGGUGAAAGGUGAUUGUGGUGCUGACACCACAGUGCAGGACAUCGCAUACCAACUGAUACAUGGCGAAGUGGGCAGCAAGCUAUCCGUCAUAUUGGGUGGUGGAAAACGUGAGUUCAUAGACUCGAAAUUGUAUGCGACCGGUAAACGCAGCGAUGGACGUAAUUUGAUUGAAGAGUACAAACAGCAAAGUAAUCGAAAUGCUUAUGUCGAGACGCUUGAUGAAUUGAAUAGCUUGAAUGUAACUGAAGUGGAUCGCAUUUUGGGGCUCUUCCACGACAACCACCUGCUUUAUCAUUUGGAAACGACUGAGCAAAGCAAUCAACCCACAUUGGCGGAGCUGACCCGCAAAUCUAUAGAGUUUCUAAGUCGCAACGAGGAGGGAUACUUUAUUUUCAUUGAGGGUGGACGCAUCGAUCAUGGUCAUCAUGACACUUAUGCCCGCCUGGCUAUAGAUGAGACGCUAGAGUUUGACAAGGCCAUACAAUUGGCGCGUGAGUUGACCAAUGAAACGGAUACUUUGAUUGUGGUCACCGCCGAUCACUCGCACGCCAUGACUUAUUCGGGUUAUGCGGAUCGUGACAAUGACAUUUUUGGCAGCACAGCUUAUACGAGCAUGGAUGGGAAGCCAUUCAUGGCUUUAAGUUACGCAAACGGUCCGAGUUAUGAAAAAUUUUAUGAUGUCGAGAAGCAUGAACGCCGCGAUCCUACCACUCUGAUAACGGGUGCAAUAUACGACUCAUUCCCCUCCACAAUUCCAUUGGAUUCGGAGACACAUGGCGGUGAUGAUGUGGCUGUGUUUGCUUCCGGUCCUUGGGCUCAUUUGUUUUCUGGUGUUUAUAAUCAAAACACCAUUCCGCAUAUAAUGGCUUAUGCUUCAUGUGUGGGUAGUGGCUUAAAGGCGUGUUCUACAGCAAGCUCAUAA